CAGUGUCGGUCCGGCGGAAGCUUCUGCUCAAGACCAUCGAGUUGUUCACUUUUUAUUCUAGUUUAUUUUUUUUAUACACGAUCUCCAGACGUGUGGCUUUAGAGCUCUAUUAUUAUUAUUAUUAUUAUUAUUAUUAUUAUUAUUAUUAUGAAGACUGGACGAUUAUUAUGACCGGAUGGUUUUGAAUGAAUUUUUGUCCACAAACUCAGGAUAAGGGACUCGAAAUUUGUUCCAGAUGGAUAUUAAUAAUACCACAAAGUUGCUAUUCAUUUUUAUACUUGGAAUUUUCGCUCAACAGAACGUUAAGAUGAAAACCACAGACAGCUCUCAAGUUCAUGAGUGUAAUAAGGCAGCUCUUCACCUGGAGAUGGAGGAGUGUGAAGGACACUUCAAGACUGAUAUGGCUGAGUUAGACCCCCAGAAUUGGUGCAACUUAACACAUUUUAUUAGUGAGUACCACAACUUUACAUCCUGCACAGAGAAUAAGACUUUGAAGCAUGGCUGCUUUUGGCCCAACCCGGUGGUAGAGCACUAUAUUAUCCUUGUCCACAAACAAUUCUUUUCCAACUGCACUUCUACAUCCACGGACUGGACUCACAUACCAGAAGACACUAUCACCUUAACCAUAGGUAUUCUUAUCAUAGUUGCAGUCUUACUUACACUGGCCAUGAUCACAUCAGUCGUAUGGUGCAGCAAGCAAAGAUAGUACCUAUAGGUGGAAAAUUUAAUGGAUACGGUGUACAAGAUCUGUUUUACCCAGAGAGUACUAAUCACACAUUAAACCUGGCUCCAUGAGAUUUACAUUUGUAUUUAACUUCUUUGGCUGACACCUUUAACCAAAAUGACUUACAAAUGAGACAAGACAUAACUGCGCAGUUGAGGCCUAAAGGCCUUGCUCAGGGACUCAACUUACAGCAGCUUACUAAUUCUUCAUGUGCAACCACAUGACCAAAUAGUGUGACGUAUGCAUCCACCACCAUGUUGGAUGAUAUACAAAUCCAAAAUGCCAUCUUGUGCAAAGAAUAACUGCGAUGCAUCUCUGACUUUCUUGAAAUCUGAUUCUCUGGAGUCCUCUGCCAAGUCAGGAUUCAGAGAAAAAGUUGAAAUUUGUGGCUUUGACCCGUAUACGUUAAAGCCAUCCAAUUAUACAGAGGAUUUGGCCUCGUUACCACCGAUUGAAUAUCCUGAUAUUGUGAACUGUCUUAUUCUACAAAAAAAAAAGUGUCUAAGUAAAACGAAGUUACUUCUAAUCUGGCUUUCUUGGCAGAUCUUUCAUUUGUCCUGUUGCUUCUUGAUACUGCGAGAUGAGUUUUCGUCUUGAUCUUAUCAUGUCCUAAUUAGUGUGUUGGUGCCCAAUCUGGAUUUGUUUUAUCGUGUAGGUUUGCUGGUGUUCCUGCAGGGUGAGAUACAGAGUGUUUGCGUUAAAGCUCAAAAGUUCAAUUUAAUCAACAGAAAACAGCUUUAAUUAGCAAUGAACUCUUACCAGAUAUAAAGUGGUCACCACACACGCGGGUGUAAUGAGCUUUUUCCUCAGUUAAGUCCUCACGUAUGUUUUUGAACGCAUUCUCUGGACAGUUCUUCAUCUGUUUUGUUGCUGUUUUUAAUUAUUUUGGGAAUUCUGAAGCACCGUUUCUCGUUGUCAUGAGUAGCAUUAUUACCUCAAUUAUAUCCCGCUAACAAAGUAGGCAUUGUCUUCUUCAAAGGCAAUGAAAUCAAAAGAAAAAUCAUGAAAUCUUGCAGCAGCUUACACGUGAACUGCUGCUAUCUUGGUAGUUAUCAUCCAACAUGGUGGACUUCCGGUUUGGAAAAUAAGUGUGACGUCACAUGCACACAAAGAAUACGGGGAAUUGAACUCACAGCUUCUUACAAGGCUAAUAGAGGCUUUGCACAGUCACAUGACUCCAUAGCAACAGUAACUAGGGCGCCAGGACAAGGGGCACACUUCAGUGCUUCAUGCAGCCAACUUAAUUGUUACUGAUCAGUACGGGAAGGUUUUGGAUGUACAAAUCGUUUUGAACGAAACAAAGACAUCAGAUUUUUAAAGGACCCAUGGCAUGGUGGUUUGUUGAUGCUUUAAACGGGCUCGUGGAGGUUUCCGGAUGUUAUAUCCGCAGCCUUUCUCGAAAUGAACCCUCGGCACGUAGAUAUAGCCUCCUGGGAGAAAGCCCCAUUUCAGCCCUUUUCCCAGUGCGUUGUUUUGCUAAUGAGAAG